UUCUCCUCUGUUUCAUUUUUUUAAUCAUAAUGGCUCAAAAGCUUAGAAUGGCACACCAAGAAUUUUCCAUUGUUCUAAAGGGUCUAAUUUUUUUAUUUUUUAACAUGAAUAUGCAAAGUGCUAUAGCUGAUUAUGGUGGUUGGGAGGGUGCUCAUGCCACUUUCUAUGGUGGGGGUGAUGCUUCUGGCACAAUGGGUGGAGCAUGUGGAUAUGGUAAUUUGUAUAGCCAAGGAUAUGGAACCAACACAGCAGCACUAAGCACUGCUUUAUUCAACAAUGGUUUAAGUUGUGGAUCUUGCUAUGAAAUGAGAUGCAAUGAUGAUCCAAGAUGGUGCAAACCUGGCUCUAUUAUUGUUACUGCCACAAAUUUUUGUCCACCAAAUCCAUCUUUGGCUAAUAAUAAUGGUGGUUGGUGUAACCCUCCUUUGCAACAUUUUGAUAUGGCUGAACCUGCCUUCCUUCAAAUUGCUGAAUAUAGGGCUGGAAUUGUGCCUGUGUCCUUUAGAAGAGUGCCAUGUAUGAAAAAAGGAGGAAUAAGGUUCACAAUCAAUGGACACUCUUACUUCAACCUAGUUUUGGUCACUAAUGUUGGUGGUGCUGGAGAUGUUCAUUCAGUUUCCAUAAAAGGUUCAAGAACUGGGUGGCAAUCCAUGUCAAGAAAUUGGGGCCAAAAUUGGCAAAGCAAUUCUUACCUUAAUGGUCAACCCCUUUCAUUUCAAGUCACCACAAGUGAUGGUAGAACUAUGACAAGUUACAAUGUGGCACCAUCCAAUUGGCAAUUUGGUCAAACAUUUCAAGGAGCUCAAUUUUAGAGUUUGGUUGGUGAAAAAUGUUUGUAUACUUAUAAAGUUCAUUAUUCAUCCCUAAAAAAGUUUCAUAAUGUAAUUUAAUGUGAUUUUGAAAGACCGGUGUUUUAUUUUAUUGGUCUCUAAAGUAGCUGAGGUGGUUAUGUAGCACCCGCUGGUCACUUCUAUAUAUAUAUAUAUAUAAUAUACAUGGAGAGUUUAUGUUUA